UUGACAACAACUAAAGUCAUGAUUGUAGUGUCAGUUAGCUUUUAGUUUUUCAUUCUGUUCACAUUGUUUCAAUGUCCUCUUCGCAGAAGUAAGGAAAAUUAAUAGAUUUAUUAUUAUUUUAUCUUGUACUACCGUACAAAAAUUAAAGUUAAGUGGAAAAUUUAAUCAUAUGUGAGCGUUUUCUAUUUAUUCUCUGGCUGUUUGGAAUUGUGGAAAAUACAACUGGUCAGUGAAAUUUUGUGUAUCUGGUCGAUAAUUGUGAAGAAGAAACGGAAAAUCAUACGUUUGUCAAAUCCGGUACAGGUUGAGGAAGCAGUAAUAUGGCAAAUCUAAAACAAAUUCCCUUGACCUGUUCCGGCCAUACCAGACCAGUGGUGCAUUUGGAUUUCAGUGAUCUGACUGAUUGUGGAUACUUUUUAAUAUCGGCCUGCAAAGAUGGAAAACCAAUGCUACGUCUCGGAGACACAGGAGAUUGGGUAGGUACGUUUGAAGGUCACAAAGGUGCCGUUUGGGGAGUUGCUCUUAACAAUAAGGCAACACUAGCCGCAUCCGGAGCUGCCGAUUUCACUGGAAAGAUCUGGAAUGCGGUAACCGGCGAAGAAGUUCACAGUUUGCAGCACAAUCAUAUUGUCAAAACAGUUGCAUUUGAUAGCAACAGCCAAUGUCUUGUAACCGGAAGCAAUGAAAAACUAGUCAGAGUGUUUGAUUUGAAUGCCUCAGGUACACCGGUUGAAUCUUAUUCGGGUCAUGCCGGUACUAUAAAGCGAGCUAUCUUUGCUCGCAACGAUAAAUAUGUAAUUAGUUGUGCGGACGACAAGACCAUGAGGCUUUGGGAUCGCUCUUCAGGACAGGAAACUAUGCGUGUCGAAUUCAGUGCACAUCCAAAUAGUCUAGAGUUAUCGCGCGAUGGAAAUAUGCUAACUGUUACUUAUGGCUCGGCUGUUGCCUUCUUUGAAACGGAAACGCUUAAAAAAAUGAAGGAAAUCGUCGUCCCAACAAAGGUUAGCUCUGCAAGUCUGCAUCCCGAUAAGCAAAUUUUCGUUUGUGGUGGAGAAGAUUUCAAAAUGUACAAAUUCGAUUAUAUUACUGGAAACGAAAUUGAAUCUUUUAAAGGGCAUUUCGGGCCCGUGCAUGCUGUCAGUUUUAGUCCGGAUGGAGAACUGUACGCUAGUGGCUCCGAAGAUGGCACACUGCGGUUAUGGCAAACAACCGUCGGUAAAACAUACGGACUUUGGAAGUGCACUGAGCCUACAGAUCUCAACAAUUCAGUAAAUUCCAAUACAUCACGCGAAGUAACUGCAAACUAAGUGCACACUAGUGAACUAAAUUGAACAAAGCGAUUGUUAGAAAGUCAUACUUUGGUAUGGUAAGUUGAACAUUGUCAUACUCAUAUAAUAGGUAACUAUCAGAGGGAAUAAUUCACCCCACCAAAUCGCGCAGUUUGCACACAAAUCCUAUCUAUCAGGAGUGUAUUCAUUUCUUGACAUCUUUCUUAGAAUACAUAUUAGUAAUUUAUUAUUUUCUAAAACUGAACUAUAUUGUAAACCGAAAAA